CAGACCUGAGGAGCCCCAUGUCCAGUAGCAGGUCCCCACGACUGGCCCUAGCUGGGUGUUGACGCCGCGCCACCUACACCACUCUCACCCCCGCCAAGCAACGCUGAGGACACAGAAGUCAACAAUUCUACACAGAGCAGCAACAUGACAACGAACUACGCCAAAUUUCCUGAUAAGCGAGCCUAUCCUAGAUAUAUCGUCCGCCCCUUCUGUGAUGGCUGCGGAGUGGCUCAGAUAUCGCAGCCCCGGAUAGUGGGUGGGACUCAAGCCAGACCCCAAGAGUACCCCUGGCUGAUCUUCAUUCACAUCAAAUCCAAUGGGCAGUCCUUAGGCUGUGGCGGUUGCCUCAUCACCAGAGACUUUGUCCUCACUGCGGCCCACUGCCUCACAGGGGAUGGCAUAGAGGUGAGCGUGUACCCUGGAGCCCACGCCUUCCCCAACACCAACAGCACUGGUAUCAAGGUCUCCCAGAUCAUCCCCCACGAGCACUACGACAACUACCUGAGGGUUCACGACAUCGCCCUGCUGAAGCUGGAGCAGCCGGUGAAGUUCUCCAGCGCGGUGUCCCCGGCGUGCCUGGGGGUGCACCAGGACGUUUACGUGGGCAAGAAGGUGGUGGUGGCAGGCUGGGGUAAGCUUGGAGAGAAUGAAAGCUUGCCCUCGACACUGAUGGAGGUGCAACUGUCGCUGGUGAGUGGAAAGAUGUGCAAGACGAAGUUCAAAGGCUCCCUCAACAUCACCGAAAACAUGUUGUGCUCCUUCACCAACGGGAAGGACACCUGCGUGGGUGACAGCGGCGGCCCCUUGGUUACAAAAGUGGGCGUGAAUCAGUGGGCGACCGUGGGCGUAGUGAGCUUCGGGGCGGGGUGUGCCGAGGACUUCCCUGGAGUGUACACCCGCGUGUCCAACUACCACAGAUGGAUCGCGAGCCACAUCAAGAAACCCCAGUGUUAGGACCCCGGCU